AUGUCGGUGCAACUACGUCGCGGUGAAAGAAGAUAUUGGGACAAAAAGACCGGUUAUGAACAAAUACUGCAACGAAAGGAAACCUCCCAGGGAUCUAAGCUUGCCACUCAUGGAAACAAGGAUAUUCCGGGUAAUGAUAACAGCAAUGAACCAAGGAAUAUUCGCGUUAGGAAACGUGUACCUGGUGACGAGGGUUCUGACGUUACCGCGCAGCGUACACAGCAAGAUCCUGGGCCGAGUAAACUUACAAUAAUUCUAGCCGUCGCUAUUCCGGUCGUGCUCAUUUUCCUUGGAGUCGUGUUACUGAUAGCGUACUAUUAUUAUUACACAGACAAAAAACAGAAGGAAAGCGGAGAGGACAUACCGAAGAGCGGAGCCACUAUCAGUGAUUUGAUCAUGAACAGCAGCGUGACACUGACACCGAUGUUCAACUUGGGGAAAGCAAGACGUGAAUCGACGCAACGAAAAGAAAAAGCAAGUAAACUUUAUGACGACAUGUUGCAAAACUGGAGGAGAAUGAAUGAUGAUAAGAAGAAGCGAGAACUAGCCAGGGUGGAAAGAUCAGAGCGUGAACACGUGGGAAUCGUACAAAAACACAAACAAAGGCGCAAUACAAGAGAUGUUGAAGAUGCGAAUAACGAAGCGUUUGCAAUGCUUGUUAGCAACGCCAUUAAUGUCGCGGCCGAUACAGUCCCUCCUCCGGAAACCCAAGAAAAUGGCGAACACGAGGUUAAGGAAACUACAGAGGAAGUUGAGGAAAAGCCUAGAACGAGCAGUAUUUUGAUCAAGAGAAGCUCCGACAGCAUUCGUAACAGCCGUGGCUCCAAGGUCCUUUCCUGGAGCGAUGUUUCGUCCAGCAAACCUGAAGAGGAGAAAGUCAAUUCAUACAAAAGAACCAAAAGUGAAACGGAGUUGAAAACGUUGCCAAGAGGAAGCGGGGGUUCAGCUCAUAUUCCCGCCAUUGUUGUGAGCCAGCCGAGUGUUGAUGCCGAGGAUGAUGAGACUGAAGCUAAUGAUACUGAUAGAUUAAUCAAAGUGGACAAACACUGUCCUAAAAACCAGAGCGGAGAGGGGAAUGAACCAAAGAGUUCCACAACAUACAGCUGUUCAGAACAUGUUAAAGAUAUUUUGCGAGAAAGUUAUGGCGAAGAGGACGAAGACUGGUUUCAAAAACCAAAGAAAAGCCCUUCGCAAGGCAGUCUACAUGGAAACUCAGAGUCUAACGUGAAGUACCAAGCCAUGAAGACGUCUGAAGAUAAUGACGACAUUGAUUGAAACUCUUCCCGAGUCACUGGGCAAAGAAUUUAAAAAAGACGCUCUUUCCUUGAGGAUUUAGACAGAGGAGCGCACAGUUGAUAGCAUGGGUUGUAUGUACCAAUGCAGAAAAUUCUGUCCACACAGCAGAAGACCUUUUAAGGAGUAUUUAAGUAUAAAACUUAUUCCCAGCUUAUAUUAGCUGAUAUAUCGAGAUUGGAUGUAGUUGCAAUCCUUUUUCACUUGACCCCCGAGUUUUAGGGGAGAUUUUCAAGCAUGCUGUAACCAGCAA